AUGAACAAUAACACAUUAAACAAAGAACUAAAGUCAUCGUUAAUAAAGAAAUUAGAAAAUAUAAACAUCCGUGUUCCAUCAUCAAUAAAGAAGGCAGAUUUGGUUGAAUUACUAUUAUUAAAUGCUAAUAAUUCAACAUUAGAAGAACAAAAAUUAGAACAAACAUCAUUUUCUACUACUGCUCAACAUCAGGCGUAUGAUGAUUCAUCUUGUUUACACAUUAACAAAAAUGAUGACUAUAUGAGUGAGAAUGAUAAAAUGAAAUUAAUAAAUCGAAUAUUAGAUCAAAACCAGCAAAUACUUGCUCAAAAUGAAUCUCUUCUAUCUUUUCUACUAUCUUCUAAUUCAAAUGAUAAAGAGAAUAAACAAACCAGAUAUCUUAAUGCAACUGCGCCGGAUUUCAUUUCUCAUCAUCUAAAUUCAUCAUUUUUAUCUAAUCGUCAUUCUCUAUCGCCAGAUUUAGACCUAGGCCAAUUAAAAAUGUUAUCUACGUCUCAAAUGACAAAUGAAAGUCAAAAGGAAUUAACAGCAGCCCCUAGUUCACUGAUAAAUCAAACAUCCAACAGUUCAGAUUUAAAACAAAAAACAAACAAGAUUAUUUUAGGCGAUAGUUUACUCAAAAAUUUAGAUCAAAAAUUUCUCUCAACUCAAAAUUGUAAUGUAAACAUUAGAACAAAGUCGGGAGAGAAAUUUAGUAAACUAAUUGAAAAAAUUAAAUCUAACUAUGAAGAAUUUGUCAAAGAAUCGGACUCUGUUGUCUACGUUUGUGGGACAAAUGAUAUUAGCGAUGGUACUGUUAGUAAAACAAUUGAGGAAGCGCAAACUCUUGUUAAAUUAACUAAACAAACAAAUCCAAAUAUUAAAAUAUCUCUAACAUCCGUGCCAUUUCGAUCUCGUAAAUUAAACCAAGGUGGAUUCGAUAAAAUUAGUAAUUAUAAUAAGCAAUUGAAACAAGUAUGUUUAGAAGAAAAUGUCAACUUUAUUAGAUUAAAUUUUGAACGAGGUAUGUUGAAAGAUGGACUGCAUCCAAACUUUUUUGGUUGUCGUGUAAUGUAUGAUAGAUUUUCUAAUUGUUUAUGA